ACUAAACAUGAGGUGCCGUCUAGCCGCCCUCUGGGGUAAAUCAGUUCAUAAGCCUUGGAUUCUGUUACUGCUUUGAGGAAGAACGUACAAAGAUUUUUUUUUCUAAAUUCGAUUUGGUUUUUUGGUCCUACUACCCAUUCUUAAAGAUCUCGAGAAUUCCGCAAACUGCUCUGUCCUCUAUAUCUUAGUUAUAUCAAGAUCCCAAACAAUCAUAGCAAGAAGAUCAUGCCAGAGCCGAGAUCUGGCUCAGGUCAAGCUCAGUCUUCUUUGAGGAUGGCUAGAUCUGCAUUUGCAUUGUAUUAAAUAUAAAAUGCAACCUCAAAUGCAAAUUUCCUUAACAUAUAAAUAUACAAGCUCUAAUUCAGCAAUGCUAUAAUAUAAUGGUGUUUUUCUCUGAUUUUUUCUCAUACUAUUUCCCCUUUCCUACUCAUUCACUUAUUCACUGAAGAGAAACUAUGUUUAAUUUGCAUUUCGGUGUCAUUUCCUUUUUAGCAUUAAGGCUUGUGUUGGUUUUUUCGUUUUGUUGUCAAUCUAUUUGUGUUUUUGUUUUUUAGUUUGCAUCUUUUCCAUUAGGUGCCUCUCCUAUGCAGAACAUCAAAAUGUAUUCAUGAUCUGCCUGAGUCAAUAACCUUGUUCAAACCGUCAGAACUCGGCCUAGCUUCGCCAGGAUGGGUGCACUGUGCUGCAGCAAUUCCCUGACCAUGUAUCCUCAAGCAAACUAUGUCUGUAUUAUUGUGAAUUAGAACAGUAACACAGGCUGCACUUAAGAACUCCAGCACCCAUCAAGCCGGAACACAAGCAUCGACAUUCAUGCAUUUUUGGCUCCACUCUGCCAUCAGAGCUCUGCAUCUGAUUGUGGGGAAACCACGAACGAACAGGCGAUCAAUGGAUGCGGGCCUGUUGAGUGCAUUUGUAAAGAAACUCGUGGCGAGGUUGUUUGUGUUAGCUGAGGAGAAAUACAAGCUGUACAAGGGCUUUGAAGAGGAUGUUCAUUUCCUGAUGGAAGAGCUUCCUAUGAUCACGAGUGCCAUUGAUGAGCAGCUCGCAGGGAAGGAUGAUCUCACAUUGCAUUUUAAGGUCAAAGAAUUGCACCAAUUGGCUCAAGAAAUGGAGGACUGCAUAGAUUGCAUCAUGUAUCGUGCCUCCAAGGAACAGCAACCAUGGUACCAUAUAAACUACACACCUGGGAACAGGAUAAGAACCCGUUUGCAGUUAGACGAGGAGAUGAAGAGACUCAAGAGAAGGUUGCAGGAAGCCCACCAGCGCAAGGAGAGAUACCCAGUGCCCUGUCCGUCCCAUCCUGAGCUACCUCCAUCGUCCUCGGAUCGUCUCAUCGCUCGAGAAGAUCUGGUCGGCAUCGAUCCACCUCUGAAAGAGCUUUUGGAGCACUUGGCGGAGGGGAAGGAUCAACGGAACCAGCUGAACGUGUUCUCUAUCGUUGGGUUUUGUGGAUUGGGGAAGACUGUUCUUGCCCAACAGUUGUAUGACAGUGAGGUGGGCAGACGAUUUGAGAAAAGAGCAUGGGUUUCCGCUGGGCAACGGAAUCCGGAGGCACUGUUAAUGGAGAUUCUCCGGCAAGUGCAUGAGCCACCACUGGUUAACUCUGAUGCCCGCCAGCUUAGCAUUGAUCUCAGGAACUGUCUAGAGACCAAGAGGUAUUUCAUUGUAAUUGAUGACAUCCGAUCAACAGAUCAGUGGAAUCGUAUAAAAUCCGCCUUCCCGCGACUAAAAGAUAUUAGCAGCAGAAUAGUGAUAACAACGAAAUUCCAGUCAGUGGCGAAUACCUGCAGCUCUACCAAUGGCUAUGUGCACAAAAUGAGAAGACUUGAUGAGGAAUGCUCAAAGCAACUGUUACUGAAGGAGUCGUGUCUGCAGGAAUGUUCAGAUUCCUCGCAGUCGGAUCCGAAGGUAAUAUUGGAUAAAUGUGAUGGUCAACCACUUGCUUUGACUGCCGUGGGCCAAUUCAUUCAAAGUAGAAAUUCAGUUGAACAACCUGAAUGGGAAGGUGUUUGCAAGGAUGUACGUUGUCAUUUGGACAGCGACGAUGCCUUAAAGAGAAUGCAUCAGGUGCUGACCCAUGACUACACCAGCCUUCCGACCCAUGAACUCAAGGCUUGCUUGCUAUAUUUUGCUAUGUUCCCCAGUGACCAUCGAGUCAGGACGAAAAGGCUGAUGAGGCGAUGGUUAGCUGAGGGAUUUGUGGUACCAUCAACUUUAUGCAGCGAUCCAGCUGCUCAAAGUUUCAGGGAGCUCAUGGACCGCAACAUCAUCCAGUCUGUUGAUGUAAGCAACAACUUGAAGGUGAAAACAUGCAAAACUUAUGGCAUGAUGCAUGAGUACGUUGUGCGCAAGUCUCUCUCCGAGAACAUCAUUGCUUUGUUUGAUGAUGGAAAGCUCCAACCCAAACAUGCUCGUCGCCUUUCUCUCCAUGACAGCAGUAUUUCAGAUUCCACCAAUCUGGAAUUUGAUCUAUCCCUAGUAAGAUCUCUAACAGUCAUUGGGGAGGCAGGUAAAGCUAUUUUGGAUUUUAAAAAGUACCAGUUACUGAGAGUCUUGGAUCUUGAACAAUGUACUGACUUGCAAAAUGAUCAUCUCAAAGAAAUAUGCAAUCUAUUACUUAUAAAAUAUCUAAGCCUAGGGGGCAAGGUUACAUGCCUUACCAAGGAGAUAAAAAAGCUGAAACUUUUGGAGACACUUGAUCUAAGGAGAACAUAUGUAAAGAUCCUACCUCUAGAAGUAAUCCAGCUGCCCAAUUUAAUCCAUCUCUUUAGAAAGUUCAAGCUUCCAAAUAAAGUAGUGCAAAGUAAACUGCACAAGUUUCUUUCUUCAGGACAAUGCAAGUUACAGACGUUAUCAGGAUUUCUUGUCGACGAAAGUGAAGGAUUUGCAGAGCUUAUGGUUCAUAUGAAUAAAUUAUGAAAGAUGAAGAUCUGGUGCGAGUCAUCCGCAACAAGUAGUAGCUUGACUAAUGUUAAGAAGGCCAUACAGAAGUUCAUUCAUGAUGUAAAGGACCCAGCGGAUGACCCUCGUUCUUUGUCAGUCCAUUUUGAAGGAUGCUCCGAAGACUUGGUAGAAGGCUUGGAAGCUCCCUGCUAUCUUAGGUCGUUGAAAUUACAGGGUAACCUACCAAAAUUGCCUGAGUUUGUCACAGCACUUCGUCGACUCAGGGAAUUAUGCCUUCAAUCAACUAGAUUGACAGCUGAUCUGUAGGACUUAAUCUGCAGCUGUCCCUUAUCUGUUUAAGUCAAGGCAAGUCUGCAGUUUGCUAGCAAGGCAAGUUUGCAGUUUGCUAGCAGCUUUUGUUGACUUGCAGCCUUUGUUGACUUGUGGCUCUAGGCCACUAAUAUUCAGAUAAUGAUAGAAGUUAUUAGCACCUUAGAGUAGGUAGCAAAUGGUGUAUAAAUAUGAGUGCAAUGCAAUGAGAAAAGGCAGUUCAGUUUGCCACAUUCCAGUCUCUAACUCUCAGCCAACGCAGAGAGCUGUGUGUGUGUGUGUGUGUGCAGAGGAGCUCAGCUCUUCUUCUACCUUGGAGUCAAGGAGAGGGAGAGGAAGGUGAGCAGGUUGCUCACCUGGUUAUUGUGUGCUAAGGACAACAUGAUCUUCUAACAGCUUUAGGUAAUUUGAAAGACCUGCUGUACCUGAAGCUGAUUGCAGAUGAACUUGAAGAGAUCACCUUUAGGGACAGGGCAUUGCCAAACCUGCUCUGCUUGUGUUUUGUGGUGAAACAUCCAACAUUUCCGAAGGUUGAAUAUGGUGCUUUGCCACAUCUCAUAUCACUUCAUCUGCUCUGCGAAAAUCUGGAUGACCAGUGCAUUGUUCAGAUCAAAGGCUUUACACGUCUGAGGGAAGUAGUUCUUUAUGAUGAACUCAACUCUGGUGUUAAAGAAAAUUGGGUACAGGCAGUCAAGGAACAUCAGAACAGGCCAAAAGUUCUGCUCAAAAGAGCUGAUCCACCCAAAGGGGCAACUGAAAAUGAGAUUACAGAAUGUUUUGCUCUGUCAGAGGGACGGGUACAAAAAACUGGCAUCCAAAUGCCACCGGACGAGCCGAAAUUUGCUUUCAACAAGGGACAGCCAGUGGCUUGUGUUGCUCCAACUGGCUUGCCCAUUGCUGGGAUGGGCACAGUGUCUUCUUAAUCUUUUGGGACAAUUGAAUAUAUGCCCUUUCUUAAACUCCAA